AUGCCAAAUCGUGACGGCGUCUACUUCCUCGACUGCAGACGUGGUGAACAGGUUAAAACUGCACUGGCCUACUACAAGAAUUUUCAAAAUGGCGCAAAUGACAAUCAAUUUCCGGACGACAUUACCAACGUUACUGAAGCUGGAUUUGGGGUUUGGGAGACAGGGCAGACACAGACUGUAACUUUCGGUAACGGCACGAAAUUCAAUUUCAAUAUUGCCCCUGAUGCAGUGUCCAAGCCGGAUGGUGCGGUUGUUGGUACCGCGGAUAAUGGAUUCGAGACUUUCACUGUGUUCAAGGACCGCCAAAGAGUCUUGAUCAUCACGAACGAUGGCUUCCAGUGUACGACGAUCUACUUCGCUCACUAG